UAAAAUAAUGUCGCAGCUUAAUAUUAUGCCCGUAUAUUAUUUCUUAAAUUAUUAUUUCCAUUAAAAUAAUGUAUUUAUAAAACACACUUUCACAAGAUAGAAGAUGAGGGCAACCCGCAGGUUUUCAAUUUUGUCAAAUAGAUUCCUCAGUUUCUUCUCAUUCUUGUUCGGAAUAUCAAGCAGUAACAAUGAAUUUCUCGAUCUUUGUGCUUUUAACUGUAUUUAUUAACUGCAGUAGAAUACGUUGCAGAGUUACAGCAACGACAGAAAAUUUAGAAGUAAUCCAUAGAUCAUUAAGAGCAACAACUACAGACAGUGAUAACAUCCAGAUGCCAGAGAAAGAAAUUUCUCGGAUGGAUACGUCUUCGAAACAAAACUCGGUUACAUUACAAGGCUUAGAGAAAAUUGCGAAUGUGAAGAUCGACUCUUCGAACAGGAAAUCUAAAAUUUUAAGGAGCUUGGCUUUUCUAGCUGGUUUAAGUGUUGGUGGUUUAGCAGGUGCAGCAUCGUCCGAUGUAAAAACCUAUACCAAAUUGCCACCGUUGAGUGUGAAUGUUGGUUCUUCUCGAAUUUCACCUCAAGUUGCUGCAAUUUAUAAUCCUUAUCCUUACGUGUCGUAUCCUUAUAUAUUAGCCACUCCUUUUGGAAUUUAUCCUUUAUGGGAUCUACUACGGUCACAGUCAAUUAAUGGGAUACAAAACAAUUUUCAACCAUUAACACAAAAUCCACAAGUAUUGAACUUAUUCGAUAACAAACCAACUGAUCUGCUAAAUAAUGGUGACGAAUAUGUAGAAGAGGCUCAGAAAAUUGAAAGCAUCAAAACACCGAACGACACUGAAAAUACUGACAAGAGUGUAGAGUCCCAAGUGGAGGGCGAUCGGAACGCGGAAGAGAAGAUACAAUCAUCUUCUGCUAUUGCGUGCAUUAUGCGGAAAGGAGUUAAUACGAAACAAGGUGUCAAAGUAGGUGAAAAUGCUGAUAGUUCCUUAAUGACAUCGAAUCUACAAACUAUAAAUAAAAUAAUGGUUCCUAUCAACACAACUGGUAGAAAUACGACUCAAAUUCCAAUGACAAUCAAUACUACACAAAAUUCAACAAUAAAUAACAACCAAACAAAUCCACCUUUUUAUGGCUAUUAUGAAGGAUAUCCACAAGACAUAAACCAAAUCGCUUUUACUACGGAAUCGUACGAACAUAAAUAUCACGAUUACGAACAUACUAAUUACAAUUUACCUUCUUAUGACAAACCUGUGAAUUUUUAUUCAGAUAACAGAUAUAACUAUUAUUCCGUACCACCUGUUGAUUCUUAUCCAUCGAGUCAGUUUCAUCAGGAUCCCGAAUAUCCGCCUAACGACUAUAAACGAUUUUUCUAUACAUCAGAUAAUACACCACCAUUUACCAAUACUGAUUUCAGACCUGUAGUCUAGAAUUAUUGCAACGUAUAAACCACGUAACCAUGUAAAUGCUUAUGAUAGAGUAAUAUGCUAAUAAAUAAAAUA